GCCUGAGUCUGGGAGUCUCCGGGGCCAAGGCAGGCUGCACUGUGAGUUCUCAGCAGCCCUGCCAGACCGCAACAGACCCUCUGCUGCCCCAGCUGCUCCACCCCUGCGUCUCCGGGUCUGCUCCUGGCCAUGCCUCACACGCCGGUGGAGGAGUCCCUCUUCAGCAUCAUCCGCUGCUACCACCGCUACGCAGCCCGGGAGGGGGACGUGGAGACUCUGUCCCUGGAGGAGCUGAAGGCCCUGCUCAUGGACAAUGUGCCCUGCUUCAUGGAGAGCCUGGGCCGGAAGGACCCGUACUACAUCGCAGAGUUGUUCCGGGCAGCAGACAAGAACAAAGACAACCAGAUCUGCUUCAAUGAGUUCCUCUUCAUCUUGGGCAAGCUGGUGAAGGACUAUCACCUGCAGUACCACCGGCAGCUGUGUGCCUGUUACUCUGACCAGCACAGCCUCUACUAGAGGGAGGGCAGGUGGAGCCUGUGCCCAGGAGAGGAGCGACCUGGGCAUGGGCAGC